CCAAGCAGAACUCCAAGGCACAGUUUCUCGGCCGGAAGAGGUAAGACAGUAAAGACUAUCCUCUCUACUGAUCAUUUCUAUUCUCCUCAUGGAGCUCCAAUUCUCCUUCUUCCCUAUCCUUUGCACCUUCCUUCUAUUCAUUUACCUGCUGAAGAGAUUAGGAAAGCCAUCCAGAACCACCCAUCCCGCUCCAAAUUUACCACCAGGACCAUGGAAGUUGCCCAUCAUUGGAAACAUGCACCAGCUUGUUGGUAGUCUACCCCAUCACAGCCUAAGAAACUUGGCCAAAAAACAUGGACCCCUGAUGCACCUACAGCUAGGUGAAGUUUCCGCCAUUGUUGUUUCUUCAAGAGAGAUGGCCAAAGAGGUAAUGAAAACCCAUGACAUCAUCUUUUCUCAAAGGCCUUGUAUUCUUGCCGCAAGUAUCGUAUCUUAUGACUGCACAGAUAUUGCUUUUGCCCCAUAUGGAGAUUACUGGAGGCAAAUUCGGAAAAUUUCCAUUUUGGAGCUUCUAAGUGCAAAGCGGGUCCAAUCAUUCAGAUCAGUGAGGGAAGAGGAGGCGCUCAAUCUUGUUAGAUCAAUCUCUUCACAGGAGGGAGUAUCAAUCAAUCUUACUGAGAGUAUUUUUUCUUUGACAUUUAGCAUCAUUUCCAGGGCGGCCUUUGGUAAGAAAUGCAAGGACCAAGAAGCAUUCUCGGUAACUCUUGAGAAAUUUGCAGGCUCAGGAGGGGGUUUCACAAUUGCUGAUGUGUUCCCUUCCAUAAAACUACUUCAUGUGGUCAGUGGAAUAAGGCAUAAACUUGAGAAAAUUCACAAAAAACUGGACACGAUACUUGAAAACAUCAUCAAUGAACAUAAAGCUAGAAGUGAAGCAUCAGAGAUCAGUGAGGCUGAGGUAGAUGAAGAUUUAGUUGAUGUCCUUUUGAAAGUUCAGAAGCAGGGUGACCUUGAAUUUCCCUUGACUACAGACAACAUCAAAGCGAUUCUCUUGGACCUCUUCAUAGCUGGCAGUGAGACAUCAUCUACAGCUGUGGAGUGGGCCAUGGCAGAAAUGCUGAAAAACCCUGGAGUAAUGGCGAAGGCACAAGCCGAGGUGAGGGACAUUUUUAAUAGAAAAGGAAAUGCUGACGAAACCAUGAUUCAUGAAUUAAAAUUCUUAAAGUUGGUCAUCAAAGAAACUCUGAGACUGCACCCCCCUGUUCCUUUAUUAAUUCCAAGAGAAUCUCGAGAGAGUUGUGCAAUUAAUGGAUAUGAGAUACCCGUCAAAACCAGAGUCAUAAUUAAUGCAUGGGCAGUUGCAAGAGAUCCCGAACAUUGGAAUGAUGCAGAGAGGUUCAAUCCAGAGAGGUUCCUUGACAGUUCAAUUGAUUAUCAGGGUACUAAUUUUGAAUACAUCCCAUUUGGUGCUGGAAGGAGGAUGUGCCCAGGAAUAUUGUUUGGUAUGGCCAAUGUUGAGAUUGCACUUGCACAAUUGCUCUACUAUUUUGAUUGGAAACUUCCAAAUGGAACACAGCAUGAAGAGUUAGACAUGACUGAGGAUUUUAGAACCUCACUUAGAAGAAAACUGAAUCUGCACUUAAUUCCCAUUACUUAUCGUCCUUUGCCUGUUGAAUAAGACUAGAAAAAAGAAGGUAUAAAUGGAUGCUUAUUUUGUAUGGUUUGAUGCUAGUUAUCUGAAAUGCAAUGUCCAUGUAAGCUAGAACUACUUAUUUGCUGAUCGUGAGCUUGUAAAUGUUGUUUGAUGUAGACGUUUAAAAUAUGAAGAUGAAAUAUUUAUUUUAGUAUUUUCCUU